AUGUAGAUUUAUGCUCAUGUUAAUGGCUUAAGGAGUAUCGGUUUUAGAUGUAAAUUUAAAUAAUAUAUAUGUAAAUCUAUAUAUAAUAAAUAUUAAAAUAAAAUAGUAAAAAUUAUAUUUUAAAAUCUAUAAUAAUAGUAUGAACUUGAAUUUAUUGAAUAAGAAGACAAAAAUAUAUUUGUAGAUUGGUUUUUAUUUAUAACCUUAUUUUGUACAGUAUUAUUAAUUAUUAUGACUUAUUUUACUUAUAUUUCUAAAAAUGAAUUUCUUAUAUCCACAAAAUCUUAAGGACCAUAAACUACUAUAUUUAAUACUGGAGAAUGGAAGACUAUGAUUUUAGAAAUGUUUAUUUAUACAAUAAUCCCACUUCCAUUGACUAAGAGUAUAAAAAUAGAUUUUUAUAUUGAAUUUUAUUAAGUUUCUACUUAUUACUAACUAAAUGAAAUUUUAACAUUUAUUAUGUUAUUAAGAGUAAUUAUUAUGGUAAAAUAAUUCUUUAAACUACACGAUGGAGUAGUGAAAAGUUAAUAGAAUAUGUAAUAUGUAUGCUAUAGAAAUGAACAGUUUGUUUAUAAUAAGAGUUUUAAUGAAAAAAUAACCUUUAAAAAUAUUUUUAUUUUGCUAUAUUUUUUCUCUAUUUAUAUUCAGUUUUGGGGCUAGGGUAUGCGAAAGACCUAUUCUUAGAAAUAAAGAAGCAUAAACUUAUCAAGACUAUAGUUAUUUUACUACAGCUAUGUGGAUGGUUUUGAUUACUAUUCCUUCAGUGGGGUAUGGAGAUAAAUAUCCAGUUACUAAUUUGGGGAGGUUUAUAGUUACUUUGGCUAUUAUUUCAGGAACUUUUAUGCUUUCAAUAUUAGUUAACAGUCUAACAAAUAUAUUAACUAUGAGUAAUUUAGAAAAAAAAUCUGUAAAUAUAUUAAAGAAAUUACAUAUAAAAUAAAAUGUGAAAGAAAUCGCAGGAAAGCUUGUUUUUUUAACAGGUUUGUUUAGAAUUAAAAUUAGAAAAGGAGAAAAUAUUAGUAUUUUUUAAACAAGACAAUUAAGAAAAAGUACUGA